GCGCAUUCAAGAAUUGCUACCAAAGGCUUCUAUCUGUGCACACAAGGACAUCCAUCCUCUUCUUUUUACUCUGCCAGAGUGGCGGCUGCAGCGACGCUGCCGAGUACCGAUACAGUGCUUGGCCACCACCAGAGCGGCUACCCACCGACUUGUGUACGCCUACAAACGGCCGCCUAGCGAUAGGCUGCGCGGUCUCUCGACCAGGAAACGGAAGCAAAGUCCACGAUAUCUAAGAGUGCUAGAAUCAAAAGCAAUCGCUAUUUUUUUCUCUUUCUUCUUCGACUGUGACUCGGUUACGGUCCGGCAUUUGCACCUAGUUUGAGAGACCUUCUGAAACGGAGAGAUUCUCUCGUCGAGGGGCCCUCUGACGACAUUCCCGAGUGCAAAACCAGCAAUCAGUCGGGUGACAUCGGUGUAGACCGAGCAGCGCUGCCAACAUGUCGAACCAGGCCGUGGGAGGCGUUUACCAGACGAUCAUCGAGGAGGUGAUCAACAGUUCGCGAGUCGAUUUCGAGGAGAGCGGUGUCGAAGAGGCCGUGCUGGAGGAGCUGCGAUUGGGAUGGCAACAGAAGCUCUCCCAGCUCGACGUGGCCCGGUUUCCCUGGGAUCCCAAGCCUGAACCGGCCCCACCAACCGCAUCUGUUCCACCUCCCAAUGCAGCCACGCCUGUGCACACACAAGCUCAGUUUGCUACGCCAUUGUCAUUGCCGACGGCAAGCCCGCCAAGUGGAAUGCUGCAGAAUGGCGUCAAACCGGAGCCGUAUGUGAAGACAGAGCCGGGCAUCAAGCAGGAGCCCGGCACACAGCAGCCCAAUGUUUCCUAUCCCAGCUACAAUGGCAUGGAAAAGAACAGCGUUGCUGCCAACAGGGCUGCCCAGCAACUCCAGGCUCAGUACGGACAGCGAGCGCAGGACUCCAUAAAUGCCAUACAACAGGGCCGCAUGGGGCAGCCUCAGCAGCCAGGACAGCCGUCAGGUCCCGUAUUACCGCAACAGCAGCCAUCGGAACAUCAACAGCCAUUGGGCAAUGCUCAGGUUGACGGCGCGGGCGAUGAUGCUAUGAUCGAAGACUCUUCGGAUGAAGAGCAAGAGAGCUUUGAAGGCGUUCUUUUACGGCACGGGGUCAACGGUAACCCCGAAGAGCUUGGAAGAGUCGACAUCGACCGCAUCCUCCACGAUCAGAUGGCUGCCAAGGCUAAAAGCAUGGAAGGAGGCGGUUUGAUGCUUUCUCUAAAGGAGGCUACAAAAAACCAACCCAAGUCCAAGAAGAUGAGAAGUAAAGGAAAGGGCCCUGCUGGCGUUGCUGCAUAUGAUGGUGGCGAUGAUGACGACGUCGAAGUCGAUGAAGACGCCAUCAACUCUGACCUUGAUGAUCCAGAUGAGGAUCGAGAUGAUGACGAGGUCGAUGAUGAAGGUCUGGGUCACAUCAUGCUCUGCAUGUAUGACAAGGUCCAGCGCGUCAAGAACAAGUGGAAGUGCACUCUUAAGGACGGUGUCUUGACGGUCAACGGUAAGGAGUACGUAUUUAACAAAGCGACUGGCGAGUACGAGUGGUAGUGAAAUCCACGGAGACGAUUCGCUUCAUGGUUGCUUUUGCGAUCUCACAUAUGCUACCCAGGAAGAAACCCAUUUGGCUCAGUGCCAUUUUUUUCUUUGGCCUUUUGGCCAAAUUUAUACCUCCCCUUGUCUACUUAAUCUGGCUUUUGCUCGCGAUUUUUUUUUUUUUAACUUUAUAUAUCAACUACGAAAAUGAAUUGCAAACAUAUGAAACACCAAAAAGAGAAACCAAAAGAAAGAAGAAAUUGAGUCGCGGAGCAGUUG